AUGGUAUCUCAUGCAUGCCAUGCAUACUUAGCCAAAGAGAAGGUGACAAAGCUCCACUUCUUCUUCCAUGACACCUUCUCCGGUGACCACCCCACCACUGUGCAGGUGGCUCACCCUCAAGGAACAGUGAUUAAGCCAGAUAAUUCAGUGAACUUUGGUGCAGUGUACGUCCUUGAUGACCCUCUCACUGAAGGCCCUGACUUAAACUCAAAGGUGAUAGGACAUGCACAAGGGUUAAUUUACGCGUCUGCAGGGCAGAAGAAGCUCGUGCUCGUCGUUGCUUUUGACUUUGGGUUCACUUCCGGUGAGUUUAAUAGUAGCUCCAUCAGUGUGCUUUCAAGGAACACUGUUUUGGAAAGGAGAGAAAUGGCCGUUGUUGGUGGCCGGGGGAAAUUCAGGAUGGCACGUGGGUUUGCAAAGCUUAAAACGUACUUCUUCAAUAUCACUAGUGGUAAUGCUGUGGUUGAGUACAAUAUUACUGUUUUUAAUUAUUAG